ACGUGCGCUCUUUCUUUCUCGGGCAGCUUUGCCGAAGCGGUGGAGGUUCGUCUGUGUUUUAGAGCGGAUGGACGAAAACGACCGAUCAGUUGCUCAAUAAAAUCUCUACAGCCUCGAAUUUCGUCCUGCGAAGCAAGACACCACAAUGCCGGCGUACUUCCAAAGACCGGAGAACGCUCUGAAAAGAGCUAACGAGUUUCUCGAAGUUGGUAAAAAGCAGCCUGCUCUGGACGUCCUCUACGAUGUCAUCAAGAGCAAAAAGCAUCGAACAUGGCAGAAGAUCCACGAGCCGAUCAUGCUCAAGUACCUGGAGCUCUGUGUGGAUCUGCGCAAGAGCCACCUGGCCAAAGAAGGGCUUUACCAGUACAAGAACAUUUGUCAGCAGGUGAAUAUCAAGUCUCUGGAGGAUGUGGUUCGUGCCUACCUGAAACUCGCAGAGGAGAAGACCGAGACGGCCAAAGAGGAGUCUCAGCAAAUGGUCUUGGACAUCGAGGAUCUGGAUAACAUUCAGACCCCAGAGAGCGUGCUGCUGAGUGCUGUGAGUGGAGAGGACACUCAGGACCGUACUGAUCGUCUGCUGCUCACUCCUUGGGUCAAAUUCCUGUGGGAGUCGUAUCGCCAGUGUCUGGACCUGCUGAGGAACAACUCCAAAGUGGAGCGUCUGUACCAUGACAUCGCGCAGCAAGCUUUCAAGUUCUGCUUGCAGUACACCCGCAAGGCCGAGUUCCGUAAGCUGUGCGAUAACCUACGCAUGCACCUGGGUCAGAUCCAGAGGCACCACAACCAGAGCACGGCCAUCAACCUGAACAACCCCGAGAGCCAGUCGAUGCACUUGGAGACUCGUUUGGUGCAGCUGGACAGCGCCAUCAGCAUGGAGCUCUGGCAGGAAGCUUUCAAGGCAGUCGAGGAUAUCCAUGGACUGUUUGCCCUCUCGAAGAAGCCCCCCAAGCCCCAGCUAAUGGCCAACUACUACAACAAGGUGUCCACGGUGUUCUGGAAGUCGGGUAACGCUCUGUUCCACGCCAGCACGCUGCACCGCCUCUACCAUCUCUCCAGAGAAAUGAGGAAGAACCUCACCCAGGAGGAAAUGCAGAGGAUGUCGACUCGUGUGCUUUUGGCCACUCUGUCCAUCCCUAUAACCCCGGAGCGUACUGAUAUCGCCCGCCUGUUGGAUAUGGACGGGAUUAUUGUGGAGAAGCACCGCAGACUGGCCACUUUGCUUGGCCUGCAGUCGCCACCCACUCGCCAGAGCCUCAUCAACGAUAUGGUGCGGUUCAAUCUUCUCCAGUACAUCGUCUCUGACGUCAAGGAGCUGUACAACUGGCUGGAGGUGGAAUUCCAUCCCCUCAAACUGUGUGGACGGGUCACCAAGGUGCUGAACUGGGUGAGGGAUCAGGCCGAGAAGGAGCCUGACCUGCAGCAUUACGUUCCUCACUUACAGAGCAACACCAUUCUUAGACUUCUGCAGCAGGUGGCUCAGAUCUAUCAGAGCAUCGAGUUCAGCAGGCUGGCCUCUCUGGUGCCGUUUGUGGAUGCCUUCCAGCUGGAGCGCUCCAUCGUUGAUGCUGCACGUCACUGUGACCUGCAGGUGCGUAUUGACCAUACGUCCCGAACACUAAGCUUUGGCUCGGAUCUGAACUACUCGACUAAAGAGGACGCCCCCGUGGGACCGUUCCUGCAGAACAUGCCUUCUGAACAGAUCCGUAACCAGCUCACGGCCAUGUCCUCCGCUAUGGCCAAGGCCAUUCAGAUCAUCAAACCGGCCUCCAUUCUGCAAGAACGGGAGGAGCAGAGUCAGCAGGCCAUCACUGCCUACCUUAAAAACGCUCGUAAGGAGCACCAGCGCAUCCUGGCUCGUCGCCAGACCAUCGAGGAGCGCAAGGAGCGUCUGGAGAGCCUGAACAUCCAGCGUGAGAAGGAGGAGCUGGAGCAGCGCGAGGCCGAGCUCCAGAAGGUGCGCAAAGCCGAGGAGGAGCGCCUGCGCCAAGAGGCCAAGGAGAGGGAGAAGGAGCGCAUCAUGCAGGAGCACGAGCAGAUCAAGAAGAAGACCGUGCGCGAGCGCCUCGAGCAAAUCAAGAAGACCGAGCUGGGAGCCAAAGCGUUUAAAGACAUCGACAUUGAGGAUCUGGAGGAGUUGGACCCUGAUUUCAUCAUGGCCAAACAGGUGGAGCAGCUGGAGAAAGAGAAGAAAGAGCUGCAGGAACGCUUAAAGAAUCAGGAAAAGAAGAUCGACUACUUUGAAAGGGCGAAGCGUUUGGAGGAAAUCCCCAUGAUUAAAAAAGCCUACGAGGAACAGCGCAUCAAAGAUAUGGAGCUGUGGGAGCUCCAGGAGGAGGAGAGGAUCAGCAACAUGAAAGUGGAGCGUGAGAAGGCUCUCGAGCACAAAAAGAGGAUGUCCAGGAUGAUUGAGGAUAAGGAGAACUUCGUAUCUAAAAUAACAGCUGCCCGAAGUUUCAUCUACGAGGAAAAACUGAAGCAGUUCCAGGAGCGCUUGGUCGAGGAGAGGAAGCAGCGCCUCGAAGAGCGCAAGAAACAGCGCAAGGAGGAGCGACGAAACUCCUUCUAUCGCCAGAAAGAGGAGGAGGCCCAGAGGAUCCGGGAGGAACAGCUGAAAAAGGAGCGUGAGGAGCGCGAGCGUCAGGAGCAGGAGCAGAGGGAGGAGGAGGAGCGCGAGUACCAGGAGCGCCUGCGCAAGCUAGAGGAGCAGGAGAGGAAGCAGCGUGCCAGGCAACAGGAAAUCGAGGAGCGCGAACGGCGUAAGGAGGAGGAGAUGAGAAGGCCCCCGGAGGAGAAGCCCAGCAAACAGGACUGGGGUGAAAAGGAAGAGGGCGGGGGGUGGAGGAGGCGUACAGAGACCAACGACUCGGAGUGGAGACGCCCCGUUCCUGACAAGGACUGGCGUCAGGAAGGGCGCGAAGAACCCGAGCGCGAGGAGCGUGAGCCAUCCUUUAGAAGAAGCGGAGAGAGUUCCCGCCGUGGGCCUUCGGAUGACCGAGGCCUUCGUAGGGGCUUUGAUGACGAUCGUGGUCCCAGGCGUGGUGGCUUUGAUGACGAUCGUGGUCCCAGGCGUGGUGGCUUUGAUGACGACCGUGGUCCCAGGCGUGGUGGCUUUGAUGACGAUCGUGGUCCCAGGCGUGGUGGCUUUGAUGACGACCGUGGUCCCAGGCGUGGUGGCUUUGAUGACGAGCGCGGUCCCAGGCGAGGUGGCUUUGAUGACGAGCGCGGCCCCAGACGCGGUACAGAUGAGGAUCGUGGACCGAGAAGGGGAUUUGAUGAUGACCGUGGUCCCCGGCGCGGAUUGGAUGAGCCCAAAGGAUCGAGACGUGGCGCUGAUGAUGACUGGGGUCCUAGGAGAGGCGGCAGUGGUGAUGAUGAGAGAGGAGGAGGAGGAAGGAGGGGCGGUGAUGACCCCAGGCCUUGGAAACCUUUGGGUAAACCAGAAACCUCCCCCAAAGCAGGUGGUUGGAGAGAGAGGGAGAAGGCCCGUGAGGAGAGCUGGGGUCCUCCGCGUAACGCUGGUACUCGUGAUGAUGACGAUGGCGAAAACGAUGAAGACGAGAAUCGUGAGGGAGAGCGUUUCCGAGAGCGGCGUCCUCCCAGGGAGGAGGGAGUCUGGAGGAAAGGCGGAUCUGAUGAACCCAGCAGUUGGCGUGACAGUCGACGUGACGACUUUGAUCGCGACGAUCGGCGUGAACGCCGUGACCUCAGAGAUCGCAGGGAUGACCGUGAUCGUGACAGGCCCUUGCCCCGGGACCCUGAUGAUGGCGGAUCGUGGCGCCGUGGAGGAGAAGACCGCCGAGACGAACGCAAGGAUGACGCUCCGCCAAGACCACGUGAGCGCGAUGGGGAAAGAAGUUCCUGGCGCACAGAGAAAGAAAAGGACAACCCACGCCGCACCAAGAACGAGACGGACGACGACGGCUGGACCACAGUGCGCCGCUAAACACUCCGACUGUCUCCUCAUAGCCCCCACAGCCUCGAUCUAUUCAUUAAUCACAUUGGUAUUGUGACAAAAACUUCUGGCAUAACUGUUAACCAAAUUAUCGUAUAGAGUUACACAAAAUUUGACUUGUCAUGCCAAACCUGAUGAGAGCCAAUUCAUAACAUUUUUUUUUUUUUUUUUUUCCUUUUCAAAAUCUUUUUGACCAAGUCUAUCUGGAAGUACAUCAUUCUGCUUUUGUGCAUGCUUAGAGAAUUCCAUUGAUCUCACUUAAUAAUCAUUGUGUUUCCUUGCAACAGAGUGUGUGAACAGAUGCAAGGUGAAAAUAAAUAAAUAAAUAAAUAAAUAGUUUAAAAUAACCUGAACUACGUUAUGAAAACAUCUGGCAUGGAAGUUAGCUGCGAUAAAGGACCAUGCCCAUUCUUCACUCUGGUCGCUGCUCUUCUCGUGGGUUGUGUGCUUUUUAGGAAUAUGAAAACUUUAUUAAUAAAGUCAUUUGCUCAACAAA